AUAGAACCUAGUUUAAAAAGUAUAUAAAAUUAAAUCUAAAUUGUGCCCAUUUAAUUUUUAGUUUCUAUGCUGAAGUUACAGCUGUGAAGAGAUGCCACUUGCAUAUUCGAAUUGUUCGUAUACAAGACAAAGAUUUCCAACAUGUCGCGCAAGACUAAUUUUAUUGGAACCAACAACUAAAGUGCUUAAAAAGGGGAAAUAAAAAGGAUGGAAAUCGUAGCUUUAGUUACGAAAGUAAAAAUGGAAAUAGAAAAGAAAUGAACUACCGUCCUACCAGUAAAAUUACAAUUUAUUGCCAACAAAAGCUAUCACAAUUGUCGGUAUUAAUAUCAUCAGUAUUAUUAUUCUGAUGACUUUUAUCAAUCAAAUGUAAUUGCACAUCCCUAGAAUAUACGGAACAAUUGGUCGGCGUUAUUCAUAAUAAAUUGAUUUUGUUUUUAAUUUAACUACCUAGUUUUAAUAAAAUAUACAUUUUCUAUAAUGGGAGAAAGAUAUAAUAUACACAGUCAACUAGAGCAUUUGCAGAGCAAGUAUAUCGGUACCGGACAUGCAGAUACAACAAAAUUUGAAUGGCUAACUAAUCAACAUCGCGAUUCCCUUGCUAGUUAUAUGGGCCACUACGAUAUGUUGAAUUAUUUUGCAAUUGCUGAAAACGAGUCUAAAGCCCGCAUCCGAUUUAAUUUGAUGGAACGCAUGUUGCAGCCGUGUGGACCGCCACCAGAAAAGGCCGACGAUUAGAAAUUAGUAGCCAAUAGUGGUAUUGUAAUGUGUAUUGAACUAGGAAGUUAAAUUUUCUAAAAUAAAGUAAAUAUUGAUUUAUAGAUCCAAAAA